AUGGGAAAUACUCGCUUCAUUCCGACUCUUAUGGUGGUGGUUCUGUUGUCUAGUUUUGAGGUUUCAUUCUCUACAAAAACAACAACCAAUAUCAACACUGACCAGUUGGCUCUUCUUGCACUAAAAGCCCAUGUCAUUAGUGAUCCUCAAAACCUCCUGGCUACCAAUUGGUCAACUGUUACUUCUAUUUGCAAUUGGAUUGGUGUCACUUGCGGUUCUCGGUACAAAAGAGUCACGGCUCUGAAUCUUGUUGGUAUGAAUCUCUCCGGUACCAUACCACCACACCUGGGAAAUCUGUCGUUUCUUGCUACGCUCCGCACUGGAAACAAUAGUUUUCAUGGCUCAUUGCCUAUCGAAAUGGCUAAUUUGCGUCGGCUGAAAUCUUUAAAUUUGAUUAACAACGAUUUCAACGGGGAAAUCCCUUCCUGGUUUGGUUCCUUUGCUAAACUUCGGAACUUGUCUUUGACUGAGCUCUUGGGCUUGUCUCGUAACAAUCUACAAGGACAGAUUCCUGUGGCAAUCGGAAAUCUUUCUAGCCUGAGAUGGUUAUAUUUGAAUUACAAUCAGUUUUCAGGCUCCAUACCUUCCUCGGUCUUCAACAUAUCUUCAUUGGUACAUAUUGUUCUCAGUGACAAUCAGCUAAUUGGUUCAAUAGCCUCCAUCCUACUCAACAUUUCAUCUUUAGAAGCAAUUGACUUAACAUUUAACAAUCUCACCGGUCAUAUCCCACUAAAUAUGUUUGAUUAUCUACCCAAACUAAAAGGGCUUUAUUUGAGUGCAAACCAGCUUUCUGGCAGAAUACCAAUUGGUUUAUUCAAGUGCCAAAAGUUAGAAGAAUUGUCCUUAUCUUAUAACUAUUUAGAGGGAAUUGUACCUGGUGAAAUCGCAAAUUUGACUAUGCUUAAGAUGUUGUAUCUUGGCAACAACAACUUCAAAGGACAAUGGAAUUACCCUUUGAUUUUUGUGGCAGGUAAUAUACCAGUUCAAUUUGGCAACCUACCAAAAUUGGAAGCAUUGCUUUUGGGAAUUAAUAGUAUCUCUGGAAUCAUCCCUUCUCGCGUCUUUAAUAGCUCAACUGUGAGAGUCAUUUUUCUAACACUAAACCGGCUCUCAGGCUAUCUUCCAUCAACCGCAGGCCUUUGGCUUCCGAAGCUUGAAAUCCUUGAACUUGGAGAAAAUGAGUUAAGUGGAUCGAUACCUGCCUCCAUUACCAAUGCCUCUCGGCUUACCACUCCUAGCUUCGAUGGCAACUCAUUUUCUGGAUAUAUUCCUAUUGACCUUGGCAAUUUAAGAGAUCUACAAUAUCUUAGCCUAGGUCAGAAUAAUUUGGAUAGCACACCUUCGUCCUGGGGGUUGAGCUUUUUAACUUCAUUGGCAAAUUGCAAACACAUGAGAGUAUUGUUCUUUGCUAUCAAUCCAAUGAUCAGUGGUAAACUUCCGGUUUCUAUAGGAAAUCUCUCUGUUGAACAAUUUCUAGCUUAUGGUUGCAACAUUAAAGGCAGUAUUCCAGGAGAAAUUGGCGACAUGCGCAACUUGAUUGCGUUGAACCUAGAUAACAAUAAACUGACUGGAUCUCUUCCCACCACAAUCGGAAGAUUAAAAAAUUUGCAAAGUCUAUCUCUUCAAGGCAACAAAUUCUUCCUAACUGAGUUAUGCAAUUUAAAGAGUUUGAGUUACCUGUAUUUUACCGGUAACAAAUUGGUUGGACCAAUACCGGCAUGUUUAGGUGAUCUUGUUUCUCUUAGAUAUCUAUUUUUGGGCUCCAACAAGUUUGCCAACUCAAUACCCUCAACCUUGACCUCCCAGUUGACAUUGGAAAGUGGAAAAUUGCAAGGACCUAUACCAGAGUCAUUUGGGGGUCUAAUAAGUUUACAAGUCUUGGAUUUGUCAAGGAACAAUUUAUCACGAAUCAUCCCCAAGUCUUUAGAGAAACUCUUGUAUCUUGAACAUUUUAAUAUCUCAUUCAAUAAACUUGAAGGAGAAAUUCCUAACAAAGGAUCCUUUGGCAACUACACUAUUCAAUCCUUCAUGGGAAAUAAAGCACUGUGUGCUGCACCUCAACUGCGACUCCCACUCCCACCAUGCGAAGCUAAUUCUUUUGGAAAGCAUUCAAGGAAAGCUAUUCAUCUUGUAAAAUAUAUUUUAUUGCCAAUUGGUUCAACAAUAAUAGUACUAGCUCUGAUUCUAAUUUUUUCACGAAGACGAAAAAGGAAUGCAAAUCUGCCAGCUGGUCAAGAAAAUUUCCCAGCAUUAGUAGAAUGGAGAAGAGUUUCAUACCAAGAGCUUCAACAGGCUACUUAUGGAUUUUCUGAAAGCAAAUUACUUGGUGUGGGGAGUUUUGGAUCAGUAUACCAAGGAAUUCUUUCAGAUGGGUUGAGCGUUGCAGUAAAGGUCUUCAAUUUGGAGUUAGAAGGAGCAUUUAAGAGCUUUGACGUUGAGUGCGAGGUCUUACGUAACAUUCGCCACCGAAAUUUAGUCAAAAUCAUCAGUAGCUGUUCUAACAUUGAUUUUAAAGCCUUGGUUCUUGAGUUCAUACCUAGUGGAAGUCUAGGGAAGUGGUUGUACUCUCAUAACCAUUUUUUGGAUAUCUUGCGUAGGUUGAACAUGAUGAUCGAUAUGGCAUCUGCAUUAGAAUACCUUCAUCAUGGUUAUACAACACCUGUGAUCCAUUGCGAUUUAAAACCCAACAAUAUUCUUCUUGAUAAAGAUAUGGUUGCACAUUUGAGUGAUUUUGGCAUUGCAAAGCUAUUAAGUGAACACGAUUCAACAAUACACACCAUGACACUAGCAACGAUUGGGUAUAUGGCACCAGAAUACGGAUCAGAAGGAAUUGUUUCAACAAAAGGUGAUCUGUACAACUUUGGUAUUCUUUUAAUAGAGACCUUUACAAGAAAGAAACCCACAGAUGAAAUUUGUGCUGGAGAAAUGAGCAUAAAAUAUUGGGUGAAAACGUCAUUACCAUCUACUUUGAUAGAGGUUGUAGAUACCAAUUUGUUAAAUAAUGAAGGAAGACAAUACUCUGCGACAAGAGAUUGUACUUUAUCUAUUUUGCAAUUAGCACUGGAAUGUUCAGAAGAGGUUCCAGAGGAGAGGAUUGAUAUGAAAGAAGUUGUUGCUAAGCUGACGAAGAUCAAAAUCAAGUUUUUACAUGAGUCGAAUAGGCGGGCCUAA